GGAAAAUCAAUCGCGCGGCGCGCGCAAAUCGAUUUUGUUGUGACCUACUGAGUAUGCCGCCAUUAUAGAUAGAAUAGUGUCCGUCCGGUUUAAUUUCUUAAAAUUUAACAUCAAACACACGAUCAUGGACCUGGAGAUGCAACUGAGGGCGGCCGAGGCGAGGAAAACGGAAUUGGAGCGGGCGCACGCCGAGGCAAUGGCCGCGUUAAGAAACUGCGGGUCGGACCUGUUGGAGGCGAGACAGUCGAGGGUUAGGGAGCUGGAGAAGAAAGUGGCGCUCGAGACCGUGAGAGAAAGUUCCGAUUGUUGGGGACUUUUGAUGGGUGAAAGCUCUGCCUGCAAAACACUUGAAGAUGCACGUUCAAGAUCGUACUAUGAAUAUCGACCUAUUUUUAGAUGUGAAGAGCUUCAACUUGAGCUGGCCGCGUCGCAGAGAGGAAGGGUGCAAAUAUCGAAUCAGGCCAGUCAGUCUUGGAACACAACUAGUAAGGGUAGCGAAAUUGAACGGAUCAUGGCGAAAAUUGAGCAGGACAAUAGAAUUUUAGCCGAAUUAGAUCACAGCCGCUCGACCACGCUAGGUGCCGGUAUCCAGACGAGUGCGAGUAGCCACGCGCUUGGCGAAAGUAGUCCUCCGAUCUCCCCCAUCACAAUGUCUCACACAACUCCCUCGAUAUACCCGACGUCUACGCUGUGCGGACCCACCAGCAACUGCCCGCACCAAAGUCCGGCGUCACUAGGUUACCUUCCAUCCAGUAGCACCUACAACCCAAUACCCAUAUCUCAACAGUUCAAUAGCCUAACCAACCCCUACACCAGUAAGCCAAACCCGAUGGGUACAGCCUUUCAGCCGAUCGCCCACCACCAGCACCUCGGCGGUCUCGGCCAAAUCGGAUUAGGACAAACGCCUUUGGUACCAUCCGUUCUGGGUCAAACGUCAACAAUGGGACAAACCGGACUCGGACCGACAUCCGCAAUUUUAGGCAACCCAACAAUACUACCGCCGCCAUCAACUUACACCACGAGCACGAUAUCAAACCCAACCUUCACCCACUUAGUAUCAAACAACCCGACUUCGCUUCCUCAAACUGCGUUCAGCAACCCAUCCUAUAGCAACCAGGUCGCUAGCGCUUUGCCUCAGUACACGCUUCCGUACAACCCGAUCACAACGACAAGCUUUACGAAUAACGUUACGUUUUCAAACCCCUUAAGUUCGCAAUUUAACAACAUGGCCCUCUCCGGGCCGUCCGCAAUGUCAAUCAAACUAAAACCCUUUGAGGAAGUCGAAUUGGGAGCUGGACGUAGGGCAGCAACUCCAGUAACGCCGCAUCCACCGGCGUGGAGCCUAGGCUCCUCGUUGGGCAUGACCGACACCAGACCACUGUCGCGUAUGAUGCCCGACGGGCUCGACUCCGAUUGGGGCGGGAUGCACAGCACCGACCGCAGCUACCUCAACGGGCACUCGACCGAAGGACAGGUCGACAUGCUGGACAUACCAGGCAAGGGACGCUGCUCGGUCUACAUCGCCAGAUUCUCGUACGAUCCCGAACCCGAAGCGGAAGAAGAGCUGGCGGUACAAGCCGGCGACUACCUCCUGGUCUGGGGCGAACCGGUCGGUACCGCCGGCUACCUCGACGCCGAAACCCUGGACGGACGCAGGGGACUGGUACCGUCGCACUUUGCCCAAAGACUUAUAGGUGACGACCUGCUCGAGUUCCACCAGGCGGUGCUGACGACGCUCAGGGAGGAGGAGAUCAGCGCCGAAACGUUCGCGGCCGACAUACAGCGGCUCAACGAGAUCGCCGAGAUGUCGGAGGGGCAGGAGGACGACAAUAACGACGGGGACGCCGCUAGCUUAUUCGGAAACAAGGUUGUACUGCUAUCCACGUUAAAGACGACAAUAAUUCCCGCACCACGAAAUCUAACACUGGAACGUCAACUGAACAAAAGCGUGUUGAUCGGUUGGACGGCGCCCGACGUGGGGCCGGGCAAUCAGAUCGAAAGCUACCACGUGUACGUCGACGGUGUGCUUAAAACUACGAUAAAGGCGACUGAACGUACUCGGGCACUCGUGGAGGGUGUAGACAGUAACAGACCGCACAGAAUCAGCGUACGGUCCGUGACGGCGAAUCGGCGAACAUCGCGAGACGCAGCCUGCACGAUGAUCAUCGGACGCGACACGCACCAGCUCGGUCCGAGUGCCGUACGCGCCACUAACGUCACGGCCACCUCCUCCGUGAUCAACUGGUUGCCUGCGAACUCAAAUCAUCAGCACGUCGUAUGCGUUAAUAACGUCGAAGUGCGCACCGUCAAGCCAGGCAUCUACAGGCACACAAUAACCGGACUAACACCAAACACGCAGUACCGCGUGACCGUAAGGGCGAAACACCACAGGGCCUCGCAAAACGUAGCCAACCUAACCGAAGACCUCCCCAUGCCUGCCGCCGCACACACCGACUUCCGCACCCUACCGAAGGGCCUACCGGAUCCCCCUAGCGAAAUUAUGGUUGAACCAGGUCCCCAGGACGGUACGCUUUUAGUAACCUGGCACCCUGUCCAGCCUCCCCACCACCCCGGCUCGAUCGUGACCGGCUACUCGGUGUACGCCGACGGAAAAAAAGUGACUGAUGUCGAUUCGCCUACCGGCGAUCACGCCUUGAUAGAUAUAAGUAAAUUACUAGGCUUAAACCCCAGGCACGUCACCGUCAAGACGAAAGCGAGAGACAGUCAGUCGGUCGACUCGGUGCCGACCCCGAUUCCGGUCAGUGUCUUACGCGGAGGGGCGGUCAGAGCCCGGCAGCAACCGCACUCGGCUGUGCCGAUGCACAUGCGACAGCAACAGCAGCAGCGUCAACCUCAGGGGCAGCAGAUAAUCGAGCACGACGAAAACCUCAGCGACAAAGAAAUUUUCCCGACAACCGGAGUCCACCAGCAGCAAAGCGGGAUACCGUCAAUAGCGCAACGAUCCAUUCCAGAAAUCACGAAGGAGUCUUUCGAAACUAAUUUAUCAGAGGACGAGCUGCAGGAUCGUCGAAAUCCCAGGCAGCAGUACAUGCAGCAGCAGCGUCAGCAUAGGACGCCGCCCCAGCAGCGCAACGAGCAAACGCAGCAACCUUACUACCAGCAAGCUCAGCCGAACCCGAGGAACGUGACCAACAUGAGGACCGUGCAGCAGCGACAGGUGCCGCCUAGCCAGCAGCAGGCGCAGCAGCCGAGAGGCGCGCCGGGCGUCGCGCAGCCGACGACGACGACGCCGACCGCGCAGAAACGGGCGCGAUGGUUCGUCGCGCUUUUCGAUUACGAUCCGGCGACGAUGUCGCCUAAUCCGGACGCGUGCGAGGAGGAGCUGCCGUUCUCCGAGGGCGAUUCGAUUAAAGUAUGGGGCGAUAAGGACGCCGACGGGUUCUAUUGGGGCGAGUGUCGCGGUCGAAGGGGAUACGUGCCGCACAACAUGGUGAUGGAGGUCGAGGGGGGCGGGCAAAAUCGCGACCGUUGGGGGGAUAUUUACGCGAACGUUCCCGUUAAGCGGAUGGUCGCGCUUUACGACUACGAUCCGCAGGAGUUGAGUCCGAACGUUGACGCGGAGCAGGUGGAGUUAUCCUUCACGACCGGCCAAAUUAUCAACGUCUACGGCGAGAUGGACGACGACGGCUUCUACAUGGCGGAGAUCGAGGGCGUGCGCGGGCUGGUGCCGUCGAACUUCCUUACCGAGGCGCCCGACCAGUACGGCGGCAGCGGGCAGACGUCGCAGCAGAUGCCCGGCGCCGGUCGCGGGCAGAGAGGUCGCGGACACGGACCGGGCGCGCGCGGGCCCCCACCGCCGCCCAGGGAGAAUCCCGCCCGCUCGCUCAAAAGAGAUGCCUGCCCUGUGUUACCCUCUCAGUUAGACAAUGCUACCAACACUGCGACACCGAACACACAAGUCUUCACCGAGCACCAGGGGAGGGGGAGAGGGGAAAUGAUAGGGGCGGCGAGAGGUGGUAAUAUCGCCCAGGGCACCUCGCAGCAACCAACCAAUUACGCCCAACAAACGAUUAGCACAAACCCGACGAGCGUCUUCGGUCAACCGACGCCAUUCAGCGGACAGGCCGUUAGCCAGCAGCAGUUCGGCGGCGUGACGCGUCUUCAGCAACACAAGGGAGUACCGCAGGUAAUACCGACGAUCGGCGCGCCGCUUCAGCAACAGCAGCCGCAGCAACAGCAGCAGCAGCAACAGGGUCCCAAUCUGAUGCAAAAGCUAAACGAAAUAACGGCCCCUGGCGGCGACAUACUGUCGAAGGGGAAGGAACUAAUCUUUAUGAAAUUUGGACUCGGAGGAAAAUAACCAAAUACUCUCUCUCUCUUGUUUUUAUAGUGAUAUCAGCUGUUUUUGGAACCGCUUAUCGAAGCUUUUUGUAUCGCUCGAGAAUCUUAAAUUUUAAGACUUCGUAAUUUUUUUACAAUUACUUAAUUACCUACAUUUAAUGAAAAGAGAAGUGUUCAAUGUAUUAUAAUUAGAGAGGAACUCGCCUUUUUGUUUAGAGCCGAACGAGGCGAGUUCGGUUAAAGUGAAACAUUUCAGUAUUAUCAAUACAAAGUGACAUAUUCAACUAUAUAUUUGAGUACAAAUUCAAAUUUGACCAAUAACGUUAGCUAGUCGCUUAGUUAGCUCACAAUUUUCGCGUGGAACGUCGACGUUUUCGCGAGACGACAACUAUCAUCCCGACGAAAUCCGACUGAUCUCGCGUAAAACGGACGACGGGGACGGAUUCAAAAACAGCUCUGCCGGCACAACUCAACUAAAAAGUUAUUUCCAAAUUCUAGCUGUUACAGGCGUAAGGUAUUUAAAUCCAAAGUUUAGUUGACGAUGUGUAAAUUUUGUAUUUUUAAAUACGGUGCGCUACAAAUUUGUUGUGCCUUCUCCAUUUUUAACGCACAGCUAGUACUCCUUGUAACAUGUUGCGAAACCUAUAAUUAAGCACAAACUUGUUGGAACUCGUUACGUUUGAAAACAAAAAAAAAUUGGGCGAAUGUUAAAAGGACUCCUAGCCCGGGCACUGGUUCUUGUUUCGUUUUUUACAAAUUCUAAUGUAAGAUAUAAUGAAUUAUAUAAAUGUUGGUUCAUCCUUUCCUAGAUCCGGUCAGUGAUCUACGUACCUUCCUAUAUGUAUAUAUCUUUGCAAAACUGCUUAUGUGAAUAUUGUACAGGCUGAUAGCUGAUUUUACGUCAGUGCUUUUAAAAAAAAAAGCGACUUCGUAUCCAGGCACCGUUUCGCGCACCCUUGAUUUUGUAAUCACAAGAGCACUAGGCGUGUCUGUAUGUUGAGUCGAGCACGAGGUGAUAGCUAAAAUCAGACGCAGUUAAGUUUUGGGACAAAAAUAGUCUAUUAUAAGGUUCGUCCCAUGGUCACAUAUCAAUAAGAGGACCUGGAUUAAUUGGUGAAGCUACAGCUUGAGUGUUAUCUAACCUUCAUGUAUCAUACACAUUAUUAAUAUUGUACCAAAAAAUAAACGAUAAUAAACUUACAGCGUUAAGCUGCCUUAAUACA